AGACAGAGAGACAGACAGAGAGAGAGAGACAGAGAGACACCCGACACACAGACACAACAGCACCGCGCUCACACAAGCCGAGCACGGUGGCUGCCGGUGGCUCUUUGCGCUCUUUACCGGGCUUUGCUGCCGCACUGUGCGCACAUUGGACCUGUUUGACCUGAGAGUCAAGAAGAGAAGGAACGACCACUGGAGCUACCUGCUGAUACAGGAGUGUCUUAUCCGUGCAGCACUGGGCACAAUUCACCUGCCUGGAGGCGAUAGUAAGAUUGUUAUACACACUUCAGACGCAAAUUUUACUUUUUUCUAUUUGGAUUAAUGUGUAGUACCCAUGCGAAUCCCAGCUAGUGGUUUUUAAUGUAAAGAAGAAACAGAAACGGGAACUUUUUUGCACCUGAAUGUCCAGCAGAAGAUGCGUCGUUUUUACACUUUGCGUGUCCCGAAAGACAAAACUGAUGUGAUGCGUUUUGGGAACUGAGUAACACAGCUGUUUGGAUGCACGAGCCCUGCAGCUGAGACAGAAAAAAAAAAUCUUGAAAAUUUCUCUUAAAAAGAAGAAGAAGAAGAAGAAUAGGAAGGAGAAACCCGCAGGAGAGAGUAGGAUAUGGAUGGUGUUGGGUCUGAAAUCCGUGUGUCGGAGCAGCCUGCAGCUGGGAUGCACUGUGCGUCUGAGCCGAGACGUUUCACACCAUGAUACGGGAGCAAAACUGCACCUGACAACGAAUGUAACAUACCUGUGCCCAAUCCACAAGGAUCUACUAUGUCCUCACUACUGACGAGGAAACUGACUCGGUGCCAGGCCCUGACCUUUGUCCUGCUGCUGGUUGCUCCCGUCUGCCUGUCGUCCCUGCAGAGUUCCUGGAUUUCUGCGUGGGGUCCCUCCGCUGAGGCCUCAUCAGGGCGUCCUGUGCGUGCCCGGCGGCAGCUGCACUUCAGGAACGAGUGGGCGACGUGGAGCGGCUGGUCUGUCUGCUCACGUAGCUGUGGGAGCGGAGCCUCAGUGAGGACGCGCACCUGCAUCACCAGGAACCCGGUGGGUGGACCAUGUGCAGGAGAUCCCAGACAAUACAAGAUCUGCAACACCAAGGAGUGUCCCCCCAGCUCGGAGGAUUUCAGAGAGAUGCAGUGUGCUGCCUACAAUGACAGACCUUUAGUGGCUGGAAACGCCUUCAGAUGGACCACCUUUCAUGGAGGCUCUAACCCCUGUGAACUGAGCUGCCUGGCCUUGGGUCACAACUUCUACUACAACUUUGGCCGUGUGCUCGAUGGCACAGCCUGCGACAAUGAGCCUGGUGCAGUGUGUGUCAACGGACGCUGCCUGAAGCCCGGAUGUGACUCCAUCUUGGGCUCAAAGCAGCAGGAGGACGCCUGCAUGGUGUGUGGAGGACAAAACACCACCUGCCUGCACCACAAGAGCGUGUACCAGAGCAACGGUCUGGAGGCAGGCGGACCUUUUGGAUACAACGAAGUGGCCAUGAUACCAGCUGGAGCCACUCACAUCCGAGUCACUGAUAACAGCAGGAAUUAUCUAGCGCUCCAGAACGGUCGCUCCCAGUUUGUGAUCAACGGUAACUGGAAGAUCAGCAUUCCAGGCGAGUACAAUGUAGCCGGGACGAAGCUGCUGUACCGGCGCUCAGCAGACAUCUGGGAGAGCUUUGAGGUACCAGGUCCCACCCAGGAAGACCUCCAUCUAAUGGUGCUUGCGACAGACAGAAACCCAGGGAUCGAGUAUGAGUACUGGUUGCCGCCAGACCAAUACGCCCUCCACCAUGGAAGGAGGAGUCCACUGCGUCAAGCUCACCACAUCGCCAACUACCUCCCCUGGGAUCAACCCGCCACUACAACCACCACUACCACCACCACCACCACCACCACCCGGGCUCCUCCUGUCACCACCCGACCCCACUGGUUGUGUGUGAUUUGUGUCUACCAGUUUUUAGGCCUGCGAAGCCUCCACGCCAAUCUUCCCACAACCGCCACGAGCACCCUCACCGGCCCAUCCUGCCACGCCUGGAGCGGGAGGAGAACCACAGAAACCUCCUGCCUCAGCCCUCACCUGGAAGGAAUUGUGGGAAAUGUCUGCGGGUUAAAGGUCGAAGGGAACGGCAGAGACAGUAUUGCCAGAAGGACUUUGUUUUCCGGGGCAGAGUUCUUGGGAAGCUGUACAGAGGCGAAGAGACGCGUUAUGACGUCCAGAUCAUCCACACCUACCGGAAUGGCUUCCGUCUGGAGCACCGGGAGUUCUUGUGGGUCCCUAAUGUGUGUGACUGCCCCCACCUGGAGGAGGGGAAACAGUAUAUACUGAUGGUGCGUCGUCACAUUAACUAUGAGCACACGCUGAACCGCAUCCUGCUGGAGGAGGAGAGCUACGUGGUGCCGUACAGACCCAGAGAGGACGAACUGCUGAGACCGCUCGAAAGACUCUGCAGCAACAGAGGACCCAAAGAACCGGCAGAGCUGAGGGGAUGAGUGUAGAGACCACCAACUGUGUGUGUGUGUGUGUGUGUGUGUGUGUGUGUGUCAGAGAAUGAAGCUCAUACUGAAGCUUUUUUCACUUCCAAUGUUUCAUUUCUGGACCUUCAAAACACCGUCAGCCUCCAUGUGAUCCAUGUGAUGGUCUGAUGAAUUCCAGAGUGGCGUCACUGGAGAAAAAUGACAGUUGGAUCGUCGACAGACAGUUUCAGCCUCAUUUGAAACUCGCCACAUUAAGAAACCAAAAAGACUCCACAUUUAUUUAAAAGCCUGACGAGCUUACUGUACCACAUAGAGCACUUUAGGUGGAUGCUUGUGCCCACCUUUAAACACAUACCAAAGAGAAGAACAUUGACUGAAAUGGCCUUUUUGUUAUUGCUGUUUUUCCACAGCUAUCAUUACAUUUUUUUAUAUUAUUGUAUUUUUGUGUGUGUAAACUUAAAGGAAAAACCCACCUCAAACACUCAAACAGUUACUUAGAUCCCAUCGAACACCAUUUUGACUUUGUCUUCUGCUUAUUUCUGGGGAUACAUUGCCCUCAAUCAUUUGAUGUUACGACUCAUCCAGAUAUUUACAGCAGCUCAGUAGAGUUGGUGUAGCAGCAAAUGUUUCAGCAAAAUAAGCUAAAAUAUCAACAGUAAGUGUUUGGGUUAAAGAGCGAGGCCAUCUUUCUAGAGCUGUCAUAACAUAACAUAAUAUCAUUGAAAGAAAACUUUGAAAUUGGGAAUUUUCAGCAAAAUUUCAGGAAAAAUACCUCCAGAACCAGCUGCUCUUCCCACGUCAGAACUCUUAUUUCUCUACUAUGUAAUUAAGGUACUAACUUUAACUAUUUUAAAUUAAAUUCUGACAGAUUCUAACUCACCUAUCAUUUUCUGUCCUGCAGCUAAAUGCAACAAGUUCAGGUACAUUUUCUGUACUGUUGGUUCUUGAAAGGCAUCUUGGAAAAGCAGAAUUAAACAGUGGAAAUAUGGAUUUACCAAAUACCAAAUUACAACAUGCAAUCAGGAUUAAGAGGUGGAUUUUUCUUUUAGUUUUAACUCAAGAUAUAGUAACAACACAUUGCUUCUCAAUGUAUUUAUGUAUAAAACAAUAAGAUUAAACCAUAACACAUUACUUGUGUGUCACUUGUUUAAAAUCUUUCACACUGUCUGUGUUGCUCCUUUGUGGUAUUAAUUUUUUAUAGUGUGUUAAAUCAGGUCUGCUUUGUGAUACUUUACGUGAAAGAGAUUAUGAAAUAUACAGUAUUUUAUUGUGUGGCACUGAUUAGCUACAAAUAUACUAAAGUAUAAUUUGACAAUAAUUGUUUUGAGAAAACCUGCAGUCUAUAUCAUAGUCAGUUAACUUCUGUGCCUUGUGUUAUGCAUUUGAAAUAUAACAUUUUCUCUCAAACUUCAUCUACAUGUGCCAAAAGAAUUUCUUUGUACAUUUGUCCAUAGAGCAUAUGAAUGAUAAUGACCUACUCUUCUUAAUGUAAAGUUAUUGUAGACGUUCACAAUUUGCUAUUUUGCUAUUUAUCACACAGCACACAGACAUGAGAACGUUUGUAAGAAAACAAUGUAUUUACAAAAAGCUUCACAUCUACAACAAAGGAAAUGCUACAUUAAAUUGCAGACAAUAUACUACAUAUAUAUAUAUAUAUAUAUAUAUAUAUAUAUAUAUAUAUAUAUAUAUAUAUACAUAUAUAUAUAUAUAUUAUUAUUUUUUGCUUUUUUUUUUUUUGACUGAGCCAGAUUACUGCUCAUUAGGAAAGUCAUCACAGACACUUGGCUCAGUGUCCCUUCAGUAGAGGGGAGAGUUGUAGACUAGAUUCACAACACAGUUCACCUCAGCAUCUUGCAGACAUGACUACUUCAUCUGAAGGCAUGAGACAGAAAGCUUCUAUCUCUUCUGGAAGUGAGCUUUAGUAUUUUUUGUGUUUUGAGCACUCUUGGUUUAAAUUUUUAAAGUUUUCAAAAUAGAGUAACAUAUGCACAACAAAAUGUAAACAAGAAUCAAUCCUAUCUGGACAUUUUUAAUGAAUUUUGAAGUGAAUGAUGUGCUGUAAAGCAACAUAAAGCGAGCAUGCAACUUGUUCCUCAUUGUAAGUCAAAUGCAAAGUAUUUUUGCCCCAAUUUAAGAAAUCUCUUGUGUUGAACUUUGAAGAACAUCAUACAUUUCUGUUUAGCUGCCUCUCGGUCGCUCUGUCAGACCUUCUGUCACUGAGCAUUUAAAAAUCAAUCUUGUGAAAAAAUGCCGAGAAAAUGCUGAAAGAGGAUCUGUUAUUCCAGUGAUCCCCCUGGACACUUCAGGUUUUAUUUUAACACAGGAACAAAUCUUUGUUUGGCUUUGGCUGAAUAUAAGAACCAAUCCUGAAGCUGCCUCACUGACAGGUAUACGAGACAAAGUUUAUAAUUGAAUGAAAGGAUGCAAUUAAAUUGGCUCUGUCUGUACGUUUUCUGGUUUGUAACUGUUAGCACUAAAUGAAAUAAAGUUUAUGCCAUUAUUCUAUGUAA